UACGAACACAGUAUUCUGACCAAUCACUGGUCUUUUGAUAGCCGGCUGACAGGACAGGUGUUUGUAUGACAGCCGUUUACAGGAAAUCAGUGGAUACUCUUGACUUGAAGGGGCUUCGAAACAGAAAAUAACGUCUGACGGAAACGUUGUAUAUCAAACUCUCUACCCACGGAGUUGAAAUUGUGGGUUUUGCGAUGAAUGCUCUGACUUUGCAGUCAGCAAGCCUGGCCCCAGGAGUGCAGAAGCAGCAGCAGGCAACAUGUGGGAGAAGUUUGACUUCAAAUUAUUCUCCCCCAAGUCUGGAGAAUAAGUUCUUAGCUCAAACCUCCACAGUAAUGCCCCAGCUUUCCUCCCCACUCAUAGAUUUUGCAGGACAGCCUUCCUCUUGCUCCUCUCUCCAACCCUCCAAACUAUCUUCCACCUCAUCCUCCCUUCUCUCCACUUCUUCCUUUGCAGCCUCCUUCACUUCUCCCCUCCUAAGCACCCAGAACAAGCUCCUAGACAGUAACUUAUCUCAUCAUUCUUUUUCCUUGACCUCCUCAGUCCCUAAUGACUCUUUGCUCCCCACAUCCCUGGCCAGUGGUGCUCUACUCACUAACUUUGCUCAAACUCCUUCAUUCUUCCACCAUGAUCUCAUGAGUAAAGACGAGAAAAGGGAUGAUGGAUGGGAUCCAGAUGAUAGAUAUGAGAUAUCUGAAGUGAUGCCUUUCAGUUUUGAAGAAACAAGUGUGAUUUCUGAGGAUGAAGAUAAUGAGGCUGAAGAAAUUGAUGCUGAGAAAACUAUGGACUUGCCUGUACUGGAAACAGAGUUGAUGGAACAAGAACUUGAACAAACUGAGGUUGUCAGACAGGAGGAAUUUGGAGAGGUCGAAAGAGGAAACGAGAAGGCCGAAGAGGAGCUGAAAGACAAAAAGUAUUUCCUCUUGAACAUUGUGUGUUGCUCUCUGGUCAAUGAGAGCACAGCUCCAGGCCAGAAGGACUGGGACUCAGAGGACAGUGUUUGGACCAGAAUCACAAACCUGGCAAAGGAUAUUUCUGCCUAUGAUCCACAGUUUCUUCUGAAGGUGGCACUUUACACUCGACAGAAGCUAAAUAUUCGGAUCACUGCGAACUUCUUAUUGGCUCUGGCUGCCAACCUGCCGCCCACCAAGCCACAUGUCCGCAGAUACUUCUGUGCUGCUGUACAGCUGCCGUCUGAUUGGCUGGAAAUAGUCAGAAUCUACAGUACAUGCUUCAGCCGCUCUCUGCCGAUGUGCCUGAAGAAGGCGAUGGCUGACAAGUUCAAGCAGUUCAGCGAGUAUCAGCUGGCCAAAUACAACACACGCAAGCACCGCUGUAAGCACAACCGCAACAAGCGCAAAGCAAAGAAGCCAACCGAUACACAGAUGAAGGAGUGGGCGGACUUGAUCAGAUCAAAUACAUCAAUUCUGAAGAACUUUUUGCGGUUAAAGGUGGUGGAUAAGAAGCAGAGCGAGUUCAGCAUAAAGAAGAUGAUUAAGAGGCUUCACAUCAAAGAACCGGCUGAACACGUUAUGGCCAUCCUGGGAAAAAAGUAUCCAGCUGAUGUGAAGGCAUUCACACACAGUGGAAUGAAAGGCGUGUGGGACAGGGAGAGAGCUGGGCAGCGAAUGAAACUUAAGGAGCCGCAGACGUGGGAACGGCUGCUCAGUAUGGAGGGCAACAAGGCCGCCACCUGGGAGAAGCUCAUAGACACCAAGUCUCUUCCAUUCAUGGCCAUGCUGAGAAAUCUGAGGAACAUGAUUACUAAGGGCAUCAGUGAGGCUCAUCACAACAAGAUCCUCAGCAGACUGACCAAUGAGAAAGCAGUUGUUCAGAGCCGACAGUUUCCUUUUAGAUUCCUUGCUGCCUACAAAGUCAUCAUGGAGCUCUACGCUAUUGCCUCUGCAGCACAGCAACAACUACCCUCUGCCAACAAGAUCCUGAUGGACAUCCUGAAGAAGAUUCCCAAAAGCCAGCGCUUACAGCGGCUGACGUGGGAAACGACUAAAAAGAGCAGGAUCAGGCUGACACUCAGGGUGCCGUUUAUCUCUCGAAUGUAUAGAAUGAAGAAGGCCCAACUCAUAAAAGCCAAUCAGAGGAACUACACUGUUGCACUGUUGGACCGUUACCGUAAAGCUCUGGAGACUGCCGUUCAGAUCUCCUGUCGUCAAAACGUGCCUCCGCUCCCUGGACGGACACUCAUCCUGCUCUCUCCGGGCAUCUAUUACGAUCAGUCUGCGAUCCAGAAACUGGACUUCUGCCUGCCUCCUGACCCAGAGGAACAAGAAAAUGAAGAAAAAGAGGCAGAAAACCCAAAACCGAAACGCAGGAAGACGAAUAUCGAGGAUCCUGACAAACUCACUCCAAGUAAGAUGGAGGUUGCAGUUUUGCUCGCUCUGAUGAUCUCCAGCAGUACAGAGGAUUGUGAGUUGUGCAUAACUUAUUCCAAUCAGUGGAAAGAAGCAAAGCUGAAGUCUGAUGUCCUGUUGGAAAAUGUCAGAAGUGUGCUCAAGCAAAUAAAGAACAUUUAUGAAGACAACUCUGAAGAAGGUGACUCUGCUUACUUUAACAGAAUAUUAAAGAGCAAAAAGGUGAGCAACAUCAUCGUGCUGUCUGAGUCCUGGCUAAGUACAGAAGUCAGCUUUGCCAUCAGGAACUACAGGACGGAAAUAAACAGCAGUUCCCUUGUAGUGCACAUUUGUUCAGAUAGUCAUGGAAACUCAGAAACCCUCGACAGGAACCACGUAGUGCUGACAGGCUUCAGUGAGCAGGUGCUGAGGUUUGUGGCAGAGAGAGGAUCUUCCAGGCUGCUCGAUCACGUGGAGCAUUUGGACAAAUUAUAUAACAUUCCUCCACCAGAGGGGGGUCAACACUCUCAGACCACGAGCAAUGUGGUCUCAAUACCAACAAGCCCAAAAUUAAGAUGGCAAGGUGUGCGGGUGUUCAUCUCCUCCACAUUCAGAGACAUGCACUCUGAACGCGACAUCUUGGUGCGGAGCGUCUUCCCAGAGCUACGCCGGCGCGCUGCACCACACUGCCUCUACUUGCAAGAGGUAGAACUGCGUUGGGGUGUGACAGAGGAGGAGUCUGAGCGGGCCUCAGAGUUAUGCCUGUCAGAGGUGUGUCGCAGCCAGAUGCUGGUAGGAAUCCUCGGGGAGAGAUACGGUCAGGUGCCCCCCAAACCUGACCUACCAGACCUCCCACAGUACAGCUGGCUGGCCUCAGCCCCAGCAGGUCUGUCCAUCACAGAGAUGGAAAUCCGUCAGUUUCAGGCUCUUUAUCCCGACGUAGCACACCAGCGAAUGCUUUGCUACUUUAGAGAUCCGAAUAUCAUCAAUUCAGUUCCUGUGGCUUGGAGAUCACAUUUUGCUCCUGAAUCAACGGACGCUGCACAUAAAAUGGCCUCUCUGAAGGGAAGACUCUUGUCCAGUGAUGUCAAGGUCACAGAAAAUUAUUCGUGUGAGUGGGGAGGCGUUGUGGAUGGGAAACCAUAUCUGAAAAACUUGGAGGACUUUGGCAACGCUGUGCUGGAGGACCUUUGGAUGGCUGUCAAAAAGCUGUUUGUCGACGAGGCUGAGGAGGCUGAGGCUGCAUCAGAGGUGUUGGAGCAGGAGGUCCACCAGGAGGCGAUGCAGAGGCAGUUUUUUGGCAGGUCGAAGCUCCUGUCUAACGCUGUGGAUUUGGUGGAGCAGGCCCAGACCAAAGGAGGGAUGAUUGUGGUGGAGGCAGGACCUGGAGAAGGCAAAACUGUCUUCAUGGCUGCUCUAGCUGAGGCCCUCAGGACUGGAGUUAAGUCCAAGAAAAACCUCGUCUGCGAUGUAAUCUCUUACUCUACAGCCGCCAGCCAAUCAGCACACUCUGUGGAAAAACUCCUUCGGUGUCUUGUUAAGUGGCUGAGAAAGAUAAAGGGCACAGAGGAGGAAUCGCCUUUUCCUCACUCGUAUAAAGAUUUGCUGUCAGAGUUUCACUCCACAUUAAGUAAUAUAAAGAGGAACAAACCUCUGGUGCUGCUAGUUGAUGGGGCAGAUCUUGUCCAGGAUGGCAGAGGUCAGGUCAGCUCUGAUUGGAUCCCACAGCAGCUUCCACGGGUCACCUGGGGAGAAAAGGGUGUCUGUUUGGUUGUGAGCAUCACGUCUAAAGCAGCUCUGUUACAAACACUAACCAAGAAAAAAGGGACGCUCCUGUUUACGCUGGGGCAGCUUACCUUGCCAGACCGAAAGGAGAUCGUUCAGAAGGAACUGGAUGCAUUUGGCAAGAAACUCAGCGACUCUGCUUUCAACAACCAGCUCCAGACACUAAUAUCCAAGAAGGGAGCAGUCAGUCCUCUUUACCUGCACCUGGCUUGUGAAGACCUGAGGAACUUUGCUUCUUUUGACAAGCUGAAGGAGAGCCUGCAGGACUUGCCGCAGUCGCUGAGACAGCUGGUGCAGUACAGCCUGCAGAGACUCUGCUCACAGUACAGAGGCAUGCUGGGACUCCGCUGGGCCCUGGCUACACUCACUGUCAGCACCACAGGCCUGAAGGAGAGAGAUUUAUACUCUGUGUUGAACACAUGCAAUGAUUUGUCUUUACGGGAUGGACGGGUCACAUGGCAGGAAGUGCUGCAGUUGUCCAGAGAGCCCAAAGGACGCAUUCCUAUGGCAACCUUCACCCGCAUAGUGCAGAGUUUACAAAGUCUGAUUGGUCCAUCUCAUUGCCACAACACUGACGACCUGCUGGCUUUAACCAAUCCGGAGGUGAAGCGAGCCUUUGAGGACUUUUUUCUCCCCACAGAAAGUGACAAAACCAGAGCUCACCUCACACUGGCAGCUCAUCUGUGGACACAAGCUGACCCUCGGGGCCAAAAUACCUUCCUUCACUGUGAAGCCAACUCUAUCACGCACCUGCCUUCUAGCCUGAUUCAAAGUGGACAACUGGGGGAACUUUCUUUCCUGCUUUCCAGCUAUUAUUUCCUUUACGCUAAUGUGCGCCACGGCUUCCUGCACCACCUCCUGGAGACAUACAGCUGGUAUGGAACUCCUGAACUCAGCGAGCUGCUGUCAACCUUCCCCUCGGAGCCCACCUCCCUGGUUGUGAGCCAGGAUGACCAGAUGAUGGUGGUUGGUACCGGCGAGGGAACUCUACAUUUCAUCCACACGCAGACUGGACAGGAGGUGAAGUCUCUGAUCAGCAGCUGUGACGGCAUCUCGAGCUGUGUCUUCCUGAAGGACUUACGACUUGCUACCACCUCCUUUGAUGGGCGAAUAGAAGUGUGGGACAUUGAAAAUGGAUGCAGGACUGACGUUAUUGAUGGCCACACUAAUAUGAUAACAGGAAGUGAUGUCACUGCAGACAAGAAGCACCUCGCCACGGUUUCCCUCGACUGCAUGAUUAAAGUGUGGUCUUCUGAUAAAGGUACCGAAGUGUCGUCCGUGCUCAGCAGAAGCCCUAUGAACUGUGUGACCUUUGAACCUAAGGGUCACCUUCUGGCUGCUGGCUGCUGGAAUGGAAAUGUGAUCAUGUGGAACUGGCUCAAGAAUAAAAAACUAACAUCCCUGUGCGGCCACACACGAUCAGUGCGCAGCCUCUCUUUUUCUCCCUACUCCUCCAUGCUCUGCUCUGGCUCUGUGUCUGGGGAGGUGAGGGUGUGGUCAGUGCCCACCUCCACCUGUGUGGGAUGUUUCCAGGCUCACUGUGAAGCCACAGAGUCCCUCACCUUCCUGGCGGAAGGAUCCAUGCUUCUGAGCGCUGGCUCUGAUCACAUGCUCAACCUCUGGUCUGGAGGACUUGGACGAUCUGUCACUGCAUUAAAAUGUGAUGAUUGGAUGCAGGAACCACCUCUGAAAAAGCUAAAGGCUGUAACGUCUCAACCUGCUGCUCUGUGUGUGGCUGUGAAUGGAGACUAUGUUGCUGUGGGAUACCACGCUGAUGGCAUCAAACUUUUCAGCCUCAGAUCAGGUGAGAAGAUUUGGGCCUCCGUGGACCUGGACGUGUCUGUACCGUGCAUGCUGUGGGUCAUUUUAGAAGCAGAGCAGACCGACACCGAUCUGCUGGUGUCUGGAGGAAGUGACAAAUUUCUGCGAGUGUGGAAGAGAAAACAAGAAGAGGAGGGAAUGACGGAAGUCCUGGAAAUGGUGGGAGUGUUUGGUGUGCAAUCGGGCACCAUCCAGGCACUCGCACAAAACUCCACGUACCUGGCGACAGCUUCAGAUGACUUCACCAUUGGGCUGUGGUUAUUGUCUGAUCUGACCUGUGACCCUCCGAUCCAGCCAAAUUCAAUACUGAGGGGCCACAGUGGCGGAGUCACGUGUCUGGCUUUCAGUCCAGAUGGUGCACAGCUGCUGUCUGGUGGAAAAGAUCAGGCUCUGAUGGUGUGGGAUGUGACUGCUCCUGCUGUUCGUUCUAAGACUCUGCCUCAUGCUCACCGAGACUGGGUCACAGGCUGCGUUUGGACUCCAGACUGUGUGUUAAGCUCUUCAAAUGACGGCAGACUUUGUUUGUGGGACCUUCAGGCUGGGCAGUGUCUGAGGGAAAUCUCCUGGACAAGUCCACUUACCUCUGUCUGCUGUCUGGGACAAUAUGUGAUAGCCAGCUGUGCAGAGGGGGCACUGCAUGUCUGGAAGUGGGAAACAAACACUGAAAUCUGCCAUAUUUCUGCUCACAUGAGACGCAUACACCACUGCUCUCUCCUCCCAAAUACAGACAAAGGGAAGGAAGUGAAGUCAGAAGAAAUGUCCGUUUUCACAGCGUCGGAUGAUGGCACAGUGAAAUUUUGGAAACCCUUACAGGUGGAGCACUUUAGCACCUUUCGCGGUCACAGCGGUGCGAUUCAUGGAGUCGUUUGCAAGGAAAGGGUCCCACAAUUCUUCACUGUUUCUGAAGACCGCUCGCUGCGAUGCUGGACAUGGACAACAGCAAGUCCUCCAAACCUGAAAGGCUCGGUCACAGCUCUGUGCUUCUGUCAAAAUGAUGACCUGCUCGUCGCUGGGUAUGAAUCUGGUUUGCUCGAGUUGUGGCAAAACAACUCAGUGGUUGGCCACAAGCAGGUAUUUGAUGACCCCAUUACAGCGGUCUGUUUCAUGCCUGAUAGUCAGAUCGCUGUGGCGAGUGUGAAACUUAUUGGUGUUUGGAAGCUGGUGUGGAAUAAAAAACAUGAAACAGCAAGCUUGGUGAAUGUAACCAUCUACAAAGACAGUGAACCAGUGGUGUGCCUCUUCUACUGCACUGCUUUAUUUGGGGUGAACAAAACUGGAGAAGUAUUUGAUGUGGCACCCAAGAACAACGAGGGCACCUGGCACAAUAAAGUCAACAAUUGGCUCUAUGAAGUUGAAUUUCACUGCGUGAUCCACAAUGAUAAGAAAAGUGUGUGGCUGGUGGGCGAAUCAAAAGGAGAGAUUUACAUCGGCUUCCUUUUUCCCAUGAGUCGGGAAACAUGCCUUCAAACAGCUUUCAGUACACUGAACAUGAAAUGUGACGAGGAAGAGGAGGAGGGGAAGAAGAAGAGGACCCUGAUAACAGCUGUGAUAAUGGAUAACGAUUUUGUGGUGUGUGGAGAUGCGGAGGGCAACAUGUGGUUCAAUCGCCCACCAGAGCUGUCCUCAUGGAGCAAAAGAAAGCCUGCUCACAGUGACAGGAUCAGUGUGCUGAGACUCACUGACAGCACCAUCAUCUCAGCCUCCUAUGACCGGACAGUGAAGCUGUGGGACAGAGACACCAAGAAUCAGGUGGGCUUGUUUGUGUGUGGAGGUCCUGUUCUGAUCUUGGAGGUGAAUCCACAAAGACCCACUGAGCUGGUCUGCAGUGACGGAGAAAGAAAGCUCUACUUCCUCUCGAGGGAGGAUCCUGACCUGCGCAGCUCGCUGAGUGAAAACAGCCGACAGUAUCAACAAGCAGAGGACACAAAGUCCUUCUGA